CAAUCUUCCUCAAAAUUAUCCGCUUGCUACGAACCGGGAGGUAAACGUGGACGUCCAUUGUCUGCAUCAGAGUUCAGCGGUGUGGAACAGAAUCACCAAAUCGCCCCGCUCAAUAGUCCCAUUGCCAAUUGGACACAAACGGAAUUAGUAACAACAAUAUAUUGUCCUAACACACAUGAAAUGGAUGAAAUCCCAACCACACAUACAAUAGCUUGUACUUGGGAUAGCGUUGUGAAGCUGAUCGAAGUGGCCUUCUCGAUGAGUCAGUACGACGUAUUUAUUGCUUUGCUGGUCCCGACUAUGAAAUUGCUACAAGAUUUUCUCACCAGCAAUACUGAGCAGACUGGUAAUGCGGAAAUGGCCAAAUCAAACUUUAAAUUGUUGAAUUUGAUGCGUGCACUGUACACGUACCAGCGGCAGCAACGAGCCAGUCUGUCCGCAAGGGAAGCGCAAAACCCGGCACUGAAGCAAAUCAUCGGGGAUGACAGUUUGUCGGUGAGAUCGCGCAACCCCGGCUUGAUUCUCGAUUGCCUUUGGCAUUUGUGGGACUACGGAAAGACUGCAUUCACAAAGUUGUUGCCCGUGUUUUCUUCGAUCAAAAAUGACGGAUCAGCAUCGUUCUGGCGAAAUCAGCUGAUUGCCCACGUCUACCUGUUUCGUGUGAUACAGUCCGCAUUCGUUUGGUUGCAAUCAUCUGUGCAUGACGGAAUGUUAGUUGUUUACUGGGGAGCACAAUUUCUGACUGCCGUGAACCAGUUAUAUGACUACCAAAUUCAAGAGCUCUCCAGUGGUCAAGGCGAUCUGGAAACAUCGCGACUGCUCCUAGCUGCAUUGAAUAUGGAGGAGAGUGCAAUGUCCGAUGCGACAGAUGAAUGCUACGUUUCUCUGUGGAUCUCAAUUUGGGCAAGAGUUGGUACAAUGCAACGAUGGAUUAGACGUGUGAUUUCUUCACGCAUGGACCAACUUGCAAUGAAACUGUUUAAUGAACACCAUCCGGAGUCGGAAGCGGAAUAUCGCGAGUUGAGUGAGCUAAUUGUGGAAAGUUUGUGGUCUGAAGAAAUGGUCGCGUUCAAUCAGUUUGCACUUGAAUCGCAAAUGCUACAUGAUACAGCUAAAGAAACUAUGAAACAAGAACUGACAAGAAGUUUAGAAAAAUUGUUCUCGAAAUCCGUUGGUCUUUGUCGAAGGAAUUGGGUCGCGAAGGCCUUCUUUUACUGCCAGCUAGCUUUACACGAGCAGAAUUCAGAUAAGGCCACAAAUUUCCUUCAAAUGGCAGAAGAACUGCUCCUUAAGCCCGUAACUUGUCCUGUCGAAUGUGCAAAUACAUCGCUCCAUCAAACUAUGCUCCCGCAAAAAGUACGAAUUGAGCGUGAGUUGCCGAAAAGUCAGGAGGAUAGAUGUCCUCCUCCUCUGGUCAUCAGUCGCUCCGGUCGUUCUGUGACCCUGGAAACAAGAAGGUGGACACCCAAAUCCGGUCAGAAUAUGUGUAUCCAAGGUCGAUGCGUGAUCCGCAUAGACAAUCUGCGACCGGACGAAUUGUACGUGUUUGCAGUGGCCGCUUACGACGCCCAAGGUCGUCCACUUGGAUCCCAUCAGAACGGGCUGGGACAAUCGACGGAGCCGGUGCUGACGUGCAGUGAAUGGGACGAGCUAAUGCCACUCACCUAUCUAGUUGAAAGCGCCUACAAACGAAACAUGGUCAAUAUCGGGGACAAUGCAUUCCACGUACUGUGGUCUCGAUUCGUGAUGGAAAGUGUUCCCGUACGUCCCCAAUAUGGACCGGAUGCAAGUCCACUAACGCCGUUAAACAUUUACAAGCUGCGCAUAAUGGAAGCGCCCGGGUACACGCAAAUCCUCAAGAGUCGAAUGGCCUUGUGUGUGAUACUCCAUGCAAAACAUUCGAGCAUUUCGCUUCACAAACUUACCUUGAGUUGCAAUGAUAAAAUGUCCGCCGAGGGACAGCGAGCACGCAUACAACUUGCCAAUCGGCUAAUCAUCGGAAUGCAGAUCGCGGCAAUGGCUGGCAAAGCUGAUUUGUUUGUGAAGGCGGCGAGUUUGCUGGACGAACAAUUAGCACCGAUGAUACAGGAGAACGUGGCCAGUCCGGAACUGGCACAGGUAAUGAUGGAAUACAUGGUGGUGCUUGCUUUGCGUAACAAUCUGCAGAUGCUCCCCACAAUUAUGGGUCGUAUCACGGAUCGUGGUGUAUUCCUCGAACAGCUUGAAACUGAUCCGUCGAAAUACCUGCCAGACCCAUCCGAGCGUCAUUUGUCGGGUUCCGUAGUCAAAGUCAACCUAAAUCGUCCUAUGGAUCAGGUAUUGGCGGAACUGUCGAAACAUCCCAUACGCACACGAUUGUCGUUGACUGGCACGUUGGUGGUGGCCCGUGAUAUCGCGCAUGCAAAAAUUAAGUUUUCAUGGGAUUCGCAAACUCGAUCGUUCAAGUUUUCCAUUCCUUUCCAGAUAGCACCUUGA